UUAAGCAGGUGACAAACCAAAUUCUAACCAUGAAGAUUGCCGCUUUCUUCAUCGUUAUUCUGGGCCUCAUCAUUGCUGAUGGCACAGCACAGCCUCAGACAGGGAUACCUUUGAGCAGCGCCAAAGCUAACGGUUGUGCCUAUCUAUUCAGUUCCUGCAAUCAUUUUUACAAUAACUAUAAGGCCAGUCCUCAAAAUGAGAAAGCGGAAAAAAUGAAAUGUGUUGCUGACAUGUUGCUGCAAAUAGUGCAAAUGUUCGCCAUUCACAUUAAUGUUUCAGUGCCAGAUUUUUUAUUAUCUAUGAACAUUUCACCUGCAGCUGUUAAUGCAUAUAAGACUGGAGACAUGAACGGAUUUUAUGCAUCUAUAUCUAUUGAUGGACUUUACAGUAAUAUUCACAUUUGUUUGGAUAUGGUGUUCGCACUUAAUGGUGAAGUUUUUGACAAUGUACUUACAUCUGUCAACCAAGAUCUGGGAGUAUUUCAGGAUGACAGUCGCAACCGUACAAUAACUUCACCUACUGAAAUAAUAGUAAAAUACAAGAAUAAGCCUGUGUAUGCUGUACUGAACAGACUAUUGACAGUGGUGGAUGGUGCUGUUAACACUCUCACCGGGACUGUUGGUAUUGUGCCUGACUUGGGGGGGAAUACUGCAGAGAACCUUGUCGGGACUGUUGGUUCUGCGCAUCAGUGAAACCCAGUUGCCUGGCAGGAGCAUGAUCUAAUCAUACACAUGAACCUGCAUCUCUAUCAUAUUAAUCAGCAGACUGUCUUUUAAUUAUUUUAUGUAGAUAAAUUAGUUCUUCUGAUUUUUAUGCUGUGAUUUACUUCUUAAUAAAUUUCAU